GCUCGUAAAGCAUUAUUUCUUCCUUUAAAUGUUGUUGACUGUUAAUUUAUUAUCUGCCAUUUUUCGUGUCUUGUUUUCCUUUCUUGUUGUUCUCUCUCCUUACAUAAACAAGUGAAGUUGUUCAAUGAGAUCAACACCUCAAAACUCCACCCAUGAACGGCUUCACCCCUGAAGACAUGACAAACAACUCCCCACAUCCCAUAAUCCUCUUAUGGAUCUGAAAAAGAAAGCGCAGAAAAAAAAUCCCGCAACUUCUACCUAAAGGACUAAUGAGCAGCAAACGGAAAGUCCCUUUCAGUGGAAGUUGGAGAAUGCCCGCCCUCGGCACGGUGCACUUCAUGAAGCCGCUCCACAUGCGCUCACCUGUUCCUCAGGGCCGCCGGCACACGCUGCCGGCCAGCGAGUUCCGCUCCCUCAGCCCGGAGGACGCCAUCAGCGUGUUUGAGAUCGAAAGAGAAGCCUUCAUCUCCGUGUCCGGUGAGUGUCCUCUCCACCUGGACGAAGUGCGUCACUUUCUCACGCUGUGCCCCGAGCUGUCUCUCGGGUGGUUCGAGGAAGGGCGGCUCGUGGCCUUCAUCAUUGGCUCUCUGUGGGACCAGGAGCGGCUCAGCUUGGACGCCCUGACUCUUCACAGACCUCAUGGCUCCACCGUCCACGUCCACGUCCUGGCCGUGCACCGGACCUUCCGGCAGCAGGGAAAAGGCUCCAUCCUGAUGUGGCGUUACCUGCAGUACCUGCGCUGCUUGCCCUACGUGCGCCGCGCUGUGCUCAUGUGCGAGGACUUCCUGGUGCCCUUCUACCAGAGGUCAGGUUUCCACGUUCUGGGCCCCAGUGAGAUCACCGUGGGGCCCCUGACCUUCACCGAGAUGUUCUACCCGGUCAGGGGACACGCCUUCAUGCGGCGCAACAGUGGGUGCUGAACGCAGAGGGGGCCGGGUUCUGGAUUUACUGCUGGGAUCUUCAGAGGCAGCAGGACGUCUGCUGCUCCCCGCGGCUGGACCGGAUCCGCUGAGGAGGAACGUCAGAGCUGCAGGCAGCUUCUGGGAAGUUUUACGGGCGGGAAAACCAACCGAAGCCGUUUUCUUCACUUUUACCUCAUUGGUUUUUAGUCACUACAACUUCCAAUGAGUUAUUUAUGCCAUUGAACGUUUUCUAGUUUCCUUGGAGAAUUUUUUAUUCUGAACUUUUUCCAUGGAACCACCAAAGUAAAAGCCUCUUUCAAAUGGGAGGACAUCACAAAAAAGUGGGAGAUUUUUUUUCUUUUCUUGAUUUCUGGGAUCUCUUCAUGGUUGUUGUGAUGUGCUGCUUGUUUUUGGCAAUCAGAAAGCAAAACAGUAAAAAAAUAAAAAAUAUAAAAAGUUUUUUUUUUCUCUUAACCCAUCACCAAAUGUAGGUUCCUGAAGUUACAAAUUUAAUUCAAUGAGAUUUUUAUUUCUAUAGCCCAAUAUUACAACAAUAGUCGUCUGAAUGGGCUUCAUAACAGUAACUGUAUAAUAAACAUGAAAUCAGUCAUAAGAUCCAGUAGGUAAUGGCUAAGCUAAACUAAGCAGAAUAAGCAUCCCUGACCGUAGACCCUCCAUCUCAAAUGUUGUUUGCCAACUCGUAACUUUUUUUUUAUUAUUUAGUUGGAUUUUUGUAAUUUUCCUUUCUGACUUCAUGGAGAACCACACUAUUGUAGGUUCCACAAACAGGAGCUCAAUAAACAUUUCUGCAUAA